UAGACAUGCAAAGAGCAACGAGGUUACGUUACAGUUCAGCUAGAGUACCUUCAGCAAAUUGACUUCCUCUUAGUUAGACUAAAAUUUCUGUCACUUUUGCUUUCACCGAGCUAAACUACGAACAUUUACGCUUGCUAUCACAGGUAUUACAUUUUCAUGUUCUAUUCAGAGUUUUAAUGUCGUAGAAGUAAUGUUCUUUGAUGUCGCAGCCAACUAAAUCCAAGAAGUUGCCUUUACCUCCGGGAUGGAUAGCUUAUCCGUCUAGGAGUCAUCCCGGUAGAGUGUACUUUUAUCACAGUGAAACUCGCCAAUCAAUUUGGCAGGACCGUAUCACCGAAGUCUUUGACUUAAGUAACUCAGAUGAAAAUGCUGGCUUAAUCCCUGAUGAACCACAGCUGCAAAAAGCUCUUGAGACAUUGUCCAACUCACCCACUCCACUUAAGGGGAAAUCAAUUCUUGAUGAAGCUAUUGUCAGACCUUCAAGUCCAGUAGACUCAGCAGAUCAAGCAAGAGAAUUUGGAAGAAGCAAGCUUCCAAAUAGCAGCGAACUUCGAUCAUUAUCAGAUCAUCUUGUCAGCUUAUCAAGGGAUAGCUUUAACUCCGACAGUGACUCCCAAAAAUCUCUCUCGUCCUGGGAUAAAGUUAAAAGCAACUGUAGCUCAAGUAAGUCACCAGAUUCAAUGCCUUUCAAUGAGCAAUCUGCAAAAAAUUGUAUUGACUCUAACAGCAAUCAAUCAGCCUUACAAGUAGAUUCAUACUCAGGCUACCAGUCACAUAUCUGCAGUUCUACACCUGUGACCGAAAACUUAUCUGGUGCCACUUUAGGUUCUUUGUCUCAACAGAAUAAUCGAAAAUCCUGCUCCAACUCUCUCAAUCGUUUUUUUAGCAGUCACUCUAGAAGUUCAAGUCCUAUCAUAGACUCUCAUGACGUAAGCAGCAUAGGAAAACUACAAAAUUGCAAUCCAUCGCCACAAUCAGAUCACUCGAGCAAUUCAAGUGGGUCAAAGAAGAACGAAAUUUGGAAAAGGAUGGAUUCUAACGCUAAUUUCUCAUGCAAAAAAUCAUCUGUAAAUGAUCGCCUACAGAAAGCAAGGUUCUCAGUUAGAAAUAUCACUGAAAAACCGCUUGCACCUCAUAAGAGGAAUGAAGCCUCAAAUAGAGUUCAAGGUGGAUUUAAUGAACAGAAGCUUAUAAAUAAUAGUUGGUCACAUGAACACUAUAACAGACACACACCGUACGAAAGUGAAAGUUCUUUUCUUCCAUCCGAAGAGCUUAAUUUGAACAAUACUUGGCUAUGCCCUCCCAAUGCUGUUGCACCAUCCAGAUCUUUCAACUGUUCCGCUCAACCACAAGAGAGAAAUGUAUGGGACAGUGAUGAGCAGUACCUAUCACAUUCCAGAAGUGAUGCUGUUCUCAGACCUUCCAAUCGUUUCUCACACUGUUCUCAGAAUCCAGGUCCAAGCAGUGCUAGAUCCAUCUUCAAUGAGUUUAUUAUGGGCAAAGACAAGGCUCAGGCACCUCCAUCAAGGCAUAAUUUCAACAAUAAAAGAAAGAAUGAUGAAUACUUUCAACCCUACUCUGACUCAAGGAACACGGCUCUUCCACCUCUCCCAAAGCACGAUUUCAACAAUCAUAGAAAUAGUGAUCCACUUUUUCUACCCCACCCUAAAUCUAGAAAUAUGGAUCAAUUUCCUCUACCGAGGCAUAAUUUCAGCAAUCAAAGGAAUAGUGAUCUUUAUUUUGCUCCCACCCACGUGUCAAGAAAUGUGGACCAACAUCCUCCCCGAAAGCAUAAUUUCAACAAUCAAAGAAGUAGUAAGCCUCAUCAUCGGAGAAAUAGUGAUCCAUAUUUUCAACCCCACCUUAACUCAAGAGAUAUGGAUCAACUUCCUCCACCGAGGCAUAAUUCCAGCAAUCAAAGAAAUUGUCGCCCACAAGCUCAAAGUCAAAAGAACUACCCAUCAAAGAGACCUCCCCGCUUGGAUCCUCUUGCCCAGGCUUCCAAUCGUGCUUCUACUUUUCGAGAGAAUUCUGUGCAAAAUCGUUUGCUCAAAGCGCAGAAGGAAGUUUUAAGCAGAGGCAACCCAGUCAGACCACCUGUAUCAAUGGAACCCAUAAUGCACCAAAAUAAUCCUACAAGGGACGAAAGCUUCUGCCAAAAUUCCAAAUUUCUUGAUGUUUUUGACAGAAUCACCGCAAACUCUGCUAAAAUACUAUCCCCUCAUAAAAUGCUUUCCAAAUUUUCCCAAGAACGACCUGAUGUAGUUAAAUGGCCAAAGAACUUUACAGACAAAGCCCCAUCAUCAGACCAGAAUAAGAACAAAUACAGACACAGCCAGAAACGGAAGCUGGAUUUAUCUGAAGAUAAGUCUGAAAUGAAAAAAACCGAGACAAGAAUUUCUCUUAAAAGGAAAUCAACAUCUAUGAAAGUCUGUGGAGAGUCUAUGUCAGAAAGAUCAAACCAACUAAACGCUGCAUUAGAAAAGUUUAAAGCUCCUUUGUCAAGCUCUAAUCAGAAAUCUACUUCUGAAUGCUCUGAUUCCUCCAGUAGGCUUACAUGUUUCUCUACAGAUACUCAAAAGAAAACCCCUCCUCAAAGCGACAAAGUUCUUGCUAUGGAGUCACCUUGCACUUUCAUCAGAAGGAGAACCUCUGUUGAAGGAGAAUUUCCAGAAUUCCUGUGUGAAGCACAGUCAUUCAAAAAUCCUGAACACGCAUUAGAACAAGAAACUGAUGAAGUCUCUUCGGGAGAGCCCAAAAAUAUAUUAAAACAAAAAACAGCGGACAAACAAAACCUGCUUGCUAGCAAGCGGGUUCAAUUUAGGGAGGAAUUGGAGGAAACUAUUGAUCUGGAGGAAGAAGACUACAUAUGUGCUGAGGAUCAACAGAUGAUGGACUUAGACUUGUAUGACUGUGCGAAAGAUAAUCCAGAGCCACCAAAGAAAAGCACCAUUUCCAAGUCCCAAGGUUCUUCUGUGCAACAACGAUUAGAGAACGCCCGGAAAAUUGAGAGGACUACAAUCAACGUCCAGCAGAGUCAGUCCUUAGAGACUGCACUGUCCCACAAAGUUGAACCAAAUUUGCAAAUCAGUCAUACAAAAAAUGAAGAAGAACCAAUGGACUGGGAAGAUAUACCUUUGCCCGAAAUUAUGACGCAGGUUGAACAAACUAGGUACUUCAUGAGUAUGUGCCAGCAAAAAACAACAGCAAAUUGGCUACCGGAACAAAGUUCAAUUACUUUUCCUCCCAAGGCUGAAUUUUGUAUUGUCAUCGAUACAAAUAUCUUUUUAUCCAAAAUUUCUUUUGUUGUACGCAUAAGGGACACUUAUUUCAAAGGCCUUGGUCUUCCUACCAUAGUGGUUCCGUGGCAAGUGGUGCAAGAAAUUGAUUCUUUGAAAGAUCGCGGUAGUACCAAUAUCAAAAAGAAAGCCAACAUUGCAAAGAAUUUUCUCUUCGAAAAUUUAUCGAAUAAAAAUCCAAGAGUGCGCGGUCAAACCAUGCAGGAGCAUGAUGAAUGUCAAGGAGAAGACUACGUAGCCCCAGAUGACAUGAUUUUAAAAUGCGCUAUCAAACUGAUCAAAAGUGGAAAAAGUGUGGAACUUUUAACGGACGAUAAGAAUUUAGUCUCAAAGGCGAAGAUCAAUAAUAUAUGUGCCUAUACCAGGGAACAAAUGGAACAAAGACUAAAUGAAGAGAAGGCGAAUCAAGCAUGUUCCAACUUAGAACCUACUUCACCGGCUGAUACUAAACUUGACAUUUUAACUUGUGCUCUAAAAACUGAUUUAAUGGAAUACUUUAGCGUGGUAAUUAAGAAGGGUAUGUCUGAAUGUUUUGGUGAGAAGAAUUGGGCAAAACAUUGCUGCAUCAAGCCUCCGUGGACUGCCAUUUCAGACUGCCUAACAGUAUUAGAAAAACACGGUCUCUCGAUUUGUUGUAAACAAAUUCCAAAAACGCAUUUUACGAAAGCUGUGAAAGAAGUUCAAAUGUUUUUUGUUUCUCAAGAAAAAGGAUCGAAAGUUACCAUUCCUACUUUAAUGCUUUCAAUUAAAGCCAUUGACGUAGUUAUACGCUUCCUAGGUGCUGAAAAUGCUUUCAAAGAUGAUUCUCAAGUCAUGCUAAAGAAGAUAGAAGAAUUAAGGAAACAGUUGUCUGAAAUGGGCCUUGGCACUAAGGUGAACUGUAAUUCAAAGCCGGAUUCAUCUCAUUCAAGUGCUGAAGUAGAGGUCGUUUUUCAUAAUGUCAUCCAUCCAAUUGCGGACCAACAAACGACUGUUCAACCACCUGAUUCCCAAUCAUUGGUUCGUGUCUCUGUUUCUGUCAGCAGUGCUCUAGACAGAUCUUACAUUUAUUGUAAGAAUAUGUGUGCCACCAUGUGUUGUGUAUUUCAUAUUCCGAAUGAUCUAACAGAUGUAGAGAUAGUUGAUAAAAAACUGUCUAAACUGAAAGAUGAACAUACUAAGCUAAAAGCUUUCAUAAGGGAUCUCAUUUGCUCCUUCGGAAGUCUGGAGGAAGCAAAAGCUAGUGCAGAGCUCUUGUCUCCGGAAUCAGAUUACAUUGACGAAAUAAAUGAGAUUUUGACAAAGUUUCUUAAUGUUUACCUCAAUGUAUCACCGCCAAUUGAAAUUCCCAAAGUUGAUACAUUUCAGUUCUUAACAGAUCCUCAGUAUGCGUCUGUGAGAGAAAGAGGUUUCUUACAACUCCAGGAACUUCAAAAACUCCUUGUGAAAUGUUCUUCGAAGUUCAAAGAGCUGAAUGUUGUUUAGUUACCUUUGUUAUUUUUUUUUUCUUUUUUGGCUUCUAGUGUCUUACAUUUUUGUAUUUUUCUUCCUGAUAAGUGUACUUUUUUUAAUUAGUCUGUUUUUGUUUUUUUUUUUUUUUCAAUUUUAUACUUUUGACAAAUAGUAUAUUUUUGUAUGUUAAAUUUAGGGUUGAUUUUUCUUUUUCUUGAUUUGAAGUAAAAUGUGCUGUGAUACUUGGGGAGAAUGUACGCUAAGUAACCUUUUUGUUCUUCAAAGCUUCAAUGAAAUGAAAUCUUUUAGGGUCAAUCUGUGUCAAUUAUCCAGCAAAAUUUGCUGAUGAAACCCAAAACCCUCUCAAAACUCAGAUGCGGACAUGAACAGGCCUCAGGUAAAAUGCUGAACUCCUCUCACUGAGACCCUCCCCCCCUAAAUGUGCCCAUAAAGUUUCUCUCAUGAUUCUACUUUCGAAUUGUUUAACUUAAUAUUUUCAAAAUUAGAAGGAAAGAAAGUUUCAGACUAUUUUCUCAACGGUUUUAGCUGUAUGUAUGUCUCAGAAUGUAAGAUGGCAUGAGACUUUCUUUAUAAUGGUGUCAGGAAGAAAAAUAAUCCGUGAAGUAAAAGAAUGUAGGGACUGGUUGAGUAUUUGGAUUCAAGUAGUUCAUAUUUGUGUUACCUAGUAGGUCUCAUGAUUCUUUAUGAGGUUGACUUAGUUAAUUAGUGAUGAACAACUUAAACAAGCUUGCUCGUGUUUAUUAAACUCAGGAAAAUUUUAUGUUGUGAAUUUGUAUAUGAUGUUAGCUCGAUUUUUCUGAUUGAAAUGAGAAGUUUUUGUCUUUUUUGAGCCAUUCGAGCUGGGAAAAAUUUUAAACCGUACUGUUACCUCACAUACCAAACUAAAUAAGGCAACUCACCGAUGAAGUUGAAAAAUGACACAUUCAUCUGUCACGGAAUGGUGAUGAUUGAGGUUUGUAGAUCAGCAUAUAGCUAUAGAUCUAUGAAGGUUUGCAGAGUUUUUUCAUCUAAUACACACGAAGAUAUUGCCUUUUGGAAAACAAUGUGUGUCAUGUCAUUCAUUGUAUCAGUGCAAGAUAAAAGUAGAGUUGACUCCAAAUAAAUUUACCCUUUUUAAAUACUGUGACAGAAGAUCCGCCUUCUUAAUUCUUGUUUAUACUUUCAAUGCUAAACAGAAAGCUGGUGAUCUUCUGUCCCUCUCUAAAAUGUGUCAACUUAUCUAUAUAUCUGUGAACUUUAGCUCAAUCUAUGUCUCUCAAAUGAGUGAUGCAUAAAAUUUGCAUUAGUUGUCCCACGUGCACCAUCAAUAAAACGGAAGUGGAACCACCAACCAUUUUUACUAAUGAGUUACCCUUGAUCCAUUGUAUUUUUUGAUGGGUUACUUUUCAAAUGUUUAACGUAGAAUGAAGGAGCUUGACAUUUAAACAAAUUGUAUUUGUUCUUGUUUAUUACCAUCUAUUAUUACCAAAUACAUACCACCAAGUUCUGGUUGGAACCAUCUUUCCAAUGUGUAUUAGUCAAGAAGAAUCUGAUAUAAAUGUUCAGGAAGAAGUAGAUAGCAGAACUAGAAAUGCAUAUAUUGGUUUACGAGAUUCCUGUCUCAUUUUACUUCUUUGAAGGAAACUCAAUCAUUGUAGUUUGAUGAAAUUUUUUGUGGUUUUUUCUUGCUGUUUGCGGAGUUCUCUCUGAAAAUUUCAUCAAAAAUCGUAAAAAUUUUCUCUUGCACAAAUAAAACACAAGAGGUCUUUGAAACACCACAAUCAUAUUAUGUGUUUUACUAGUUUUACCAUUGGUAUGUUUAUCAUAUGUGAUGCAUCUGAGGAAAUGGGGACUUAAGAUGAGUCGCUAAAUCCAGGACAGCAACAAACUGUAGUUUCGGUAAAAAUCACUGAUUUUUCAGUUUUUAAUAUUUCUGCAUAUUUAAGAACAUUAAGUUAAAAUUUAGACAUAAUUUGCAUUUUUAACCAUGUCCUAAGCGUUUUAAGUGAACGGGAUCAGACACAGGCAGCAGCGCGAGGACUCUAUCUCUUCUCGGAUGAGCGACUGUUACCGCGUGCUUGCACGAUAGCAAGUAUACCAGAAUUCACUAUAUAGUAUUGAGGUCUUUACAUACGCAGGAAUUCAAUUUGAAUGUUGAAGAGGCCACAUUCUCAGAGUCAAAUUGUUUCAAAUUCAAAACUGCGUUUUUUUCCCAAAUCACAUUUCUUCGCUCUCAAACUUAGAAACGCUCUAGAAAAUUCAAUUUUUGGAAUUUCUUCUGCUUUUUGUGGCGAAUGAUUCAGAAUUAACCCUUUUUUUGUGAAAAUAAAGUUAUCUCAUUUUUUAUUUUUUUCACCCUUAAGUCCUUUUUUCUGCAGUUGCAUCAUAGGUACAUGGUAUUAUGCCCAGGCAAUUGCGAAAUUCAGUAACAUCACCUUGAAAGGUAGAAUCAAAGUCGAUGAAGGUUCAAAGCUAAUAUUUGAAAUGAGGUUAAAAAUCACAAGAAGUGAGCCUUCAAAAUUCAAAAGAAUAAUAGUUAUUGCACAUGGUUUCUGAUUAAGUUUUUUCAAGAACAUGAUUUUGUGGGUCACGAGAGAGGGGAAUUGAAAAUAGUAAAAAAAAAUGUCUAUCCUUAAUAUUAUGAAAAGCGGUCUUGGCAAAAAUUAAGUGUUUCAUAUCAUUGUAUCGUCACCAAAUUAUUCAUUAAAUAUGUUAGUCAACUCCCGAACCAAAGCGGGUUGCUGAAUCCACAGUUCAGGUUUUUUUUUUUUUUUUUUUUUUUUUUUUUUUUUUUUUUUAUAUCAACUUUGUGUUAUGCUUGUCUCAAUGUUAUAUACCUAUUAGCCAUAUCUCAUUAUCCUAGUCAGUUGUCAGUGAAUUUGCAUUUAUUAGAAAAAGUUUUUUUAGUUCAAAGCUAGCAAUAAUUCAGACUGAUUUAAGCUAUGUUUCCCAGAUCUCAAUAUCUGAAUUCUAGGAGUGUUCCCUUGAUGACGCAACUUUAUCAUUUUAUGCACGUACUGUCCUGAAGUUUCUUGCAAGCCUUGUGUGCUCCCUGUUUUAGUUUGGUUGUCUAAAAAAAUGAAACAUGAGAGAUAGUUGGACUUCACUUUGCAAUUUGGAACUACAAUUUCUAGCUUAUCUGUUAGAAAAAAACUUAACGUGCAUAGGAAAACUAAUAGUGCAUAUGUUGUUUCUAAACUGAGCCAGAAAUUGUAGUUUCAAAUUGCAACAUGUGGUCACAUAAGGCAAGGUGAAAUGGAUUACAUUUUGCAAAUAGGAAUUAUAAUUUGUAGGGAAACUUAUGUUACAUACGUUGUUCCUAAACUUGGCCAGAAAUUGUAGUCCUUAAUUGCAAAAUGUAGUUUGAAUGCCUCUACACUAAUUCCGGUUAAAUCUGUCCAAUUAUGAGAACUUGCAUUUAAUGCUUGGUCUAUUUUCAGCAGACAUAUCGUCCUUAGCAAUUUCUCUGUUGGCAGAGAAGAAGCCACAAAUAGUAUUUUCUUUGAUUUCUCUACAGGCGCUAUUAUUGGUGAUGUCAUGCACCGAAGGGGUUUUUUGUUAUAUUGAAUUUGAUCCAAACAAUGAGAAUGACAUGAUCCUCUUUCAAUGCUACCAACAAGAAUGAAUUGAUAUGUAACGACGUAACACUAGUAGCGUCUAUAAGGGAGUCAUCAUGAUGAUCAGUUUUAGGUCCCAUGAAAAAGGGAGGAAAUUAAUUUGUCAGAUUAACAAAAACAGUAAUAUUUUAAUAAAAUAAAUAACUAACGGAAAAUUUUCAAUACAAAGUUAUAAAAUAAUACAAAUAGCUAAGAUUUAUGCUGCUGAUAGCAGUUGGAACUAUUGCUGUUAAAUUACAAAAAGCUUUGACUCCAUUAAUUUUAAGUGCCUUAUAUUAUUCAGAAGUGUGGAUCCCUCUUGCAAAUGCAAGAUACCCGCUGAAUGUUUGCAUACUUUAGUUUUCUUAAAAUUUCUGAAGUUGCUCAGUUUGCUGGAGCUUUUCCAAGUGCACUUACAGGUCUUCCCAGCAGACUUACAUUGACUGAAAUAAAUUCCUUUGAUCUUUUAGUAUUAGCUUAGAUUAUGUAUUAGCAUAAGUUUUUUUGUUACAGAUAAACAAUUUAUGUUUAUUGGUUCAUAAGGGGAAAAACAGGAAGUGAUGGUCAACUAAGAAUCCAGAUCCACUAAAACUUAAUUAAAUUAACAAUACCAGAAACUGGGUUACAACUAGGUAUAGCAAUCUAGCAAAACUGAUGAACUGAGCAGUUUCCAGGUAUUUUCUGAUAUGCAGAUUGGCAUCAUCAUUUUGGUCUAUUUAGCUGUAUCAUGAGCUGUUUUCCUUGAUAUUGGAAAAUCAAGUGUUAUUCAGUAACACCAUCAACUGAUGCGGGAAAUGGCCAUCAAAUCUUGGUUGGUCACCACUACUGUCUUUCUCAAUGAUAUUAGGCAAUCGCAGUGUAGGUCAUAGUGAAUUUUUGCAAAUUUUUGGAAUGGAUGUAUGGUUCAAAGGAAAUCCCAACUUGAAUACCACCAUGUUGUGUUUUUAAUCUUAUGAAAUGGCAUACUAUGAUGUUCAAAUCACACACCAUAAAAGAAAACCAUCGAGAGUUGUUACUCCCCCUCACUCCUGCUUUCAACAAGAAAA